GCCUCGUUUUCAAAACUAUUCAAAAUGCCAAAAACACCAUUAUAGUUGAAGCGAAAAUGAUUAUUAAUGUUCCGCAGGGUACCGUGCUCUCCCCCCUUCCUCUUCACCCUGGCCUGGACACAUUGGAUAUCACACACAACAACGGACAGCUGACGCCUCCAGAUGUUCUCUGAUGCUAAAGCCAUCGUCAAGGCUGGAUUAUGGACCGGGCCAGUGGGGCUCAGUGCCCCCGAGGCCUCGGACUGCCAGGGUGGCCUCCGAGCCUCAGCCUGCGCACGGUGCUUGGCCCAAGACCUCCGAAGGAGGAAGUUGAACUCCAGGGCCCUUAGUGUGCUUAUAUGUGGGGGAAAGAGAGGAAAAGAAACCAAAAGUUGGCGAGACGAUGGUGUGCAGCAGCAGUGGAGCAAUCUGACCUCCCACCGGAGGAGUGGCGUUGACAGAAGGACGGUCCAGCGGCGGGAUGGAGGAGGCGGCACGGGGCGGCGUGCCGAGCGCAACGGCCGCCGCGCAAUGACACCACGCACAUACAAACUCCCCCGAGCAAGUGAGAGGAGACUUCUUCACCUUCAUGCCACCGCGGGGGUGACGACACCGGGAGCCGAGCGCACGGAGCCAAAGAUUCCAAAACAACUGCAGCGGUCAAGCAUCAGCGGCCGCUCGGGGUGGUGAUCCGCUCUGCACAGCACAUCCAGUGAGGAGAUUUAUCAACCCGGAGAGAUGAGCAACAAGAAGAUGGAGGACGAGGCGGUGCUGGACCGCGGGGCGUCCCUGGUCAAGCACAUCUGCGACGAGGAGGAGGUGGAGGGUCACCACACCAUCUACAUCGGCGUGCACGUGCCCAAGAGCUUCCGGCGGCGGCGGCGUCACCGCCGGAGGCCCGGCCACAAGGACAGGAAGGAGCGGCUGACGGAGGGCACCUCGGACAAGUCGGACGCGGAGAACAACGACGAGGCCAGCAACAGCAUCCUCAAACCCCUCAUCUCGCCGGCGGCCGAGAGGAUCCGCUUCAUCCUCGGGGAGGAGGACGAUGGGCCGGCGCCGCCGCAACUCUUCACCGAGCUGGACGAGCUGCUGUCGGUGGACGGGCAGGAGAUGGAGUGGAAGGAGACGGCCAGGUGGAUCAAGUUCGAGGAGAAGGUGGAGAAAGGCGGCGAGCGCUGGAGCAAACCCCACGUGGCCACGCUGUCCUUGCACAGUCUGUUCGAGCUGCGGACGUGCAUAGAGAAGGGCACCAUCAUGCUGGACAUGGAGGCUUCCACCCUGCCUCAGGUUGUGGAGCUGAUCACCGACAACCAGAUCGAGAUCGGGCAGCUGAAGGCCGAGCUGAAGGACAAGGUGAUGUACACGCUGCUGCGGAGACAUCGCCACCAGACCAAGAAGUCCAACCUGCGCUCGCUGGCCGACAUCGGCAAGACGGUGUCCAGUGCAAGUAGGCUGUUUUCCAACCCGGAGAACGCUCGUAGUCCUCUUGAGAACUCUAUGACCUGCCUGUCGGGGCACAUUUCGGUGGAGGACCUGCAGAGCCAAAGGAGCACCAGCAUGGACUGGCUCAACAGUCCCACCACAACUCACCGGAACCUGACGUCCAGCAGCCUCAACGACAUUUCGGACAAGCCGGAAAAAGAUCAGCUGAGGAACAAGUUCAUGAAGAAGUUGCCGAGAGACGCCGAGGCCUCCAACGUGCUGGUGGGGGAGGUGGACUUCCUGGACGCGCCCUUCGUGGCGUUCGUCCGCCUGCAGCAGGCCGUGAUGCUGGGAGCGCUGACGGAGGUUCCCGUUCCCACAAGGUUCUUAUUCAUCUUGCUGGGACCCAAAGGCAAAGGCAAGUCGUACCAUGAGAUCGGCAGAGCCAUCGCCACGCUGAUGUCCGACGAGAUCUUCCACGACAUUGCGUACAAGGCCAAGGACCGGCAGGACCUGCUGGCCGGCAUCGACGAGUUCCUGGACGAGGUGAUCGUGCUUCCGCCCGGCGAGUGGGACCCGACCAUCAGGAUAGAGCCGCCCAAGUCCCUCCCCUCCUCCGACAAAAGGAAAAACAUGUACGCCGGCGGGGACUCCCAGAUGAACGGAGACAUGCCCCACGACGGAGGCCACGGAGGAGGGGGACACGCUGUGGGGGACGAGCUGAAGAAAACUGGAAGGUUUUGUGGCGGCCUCAUACUCGACAUCAAGAGGAAGGCGCCUUUCUUCGUCAGCGACUUCACCGACGCCAUUCACAUCCAGGCCCUGUCGGCCAUUUUGUUCAUCUACCUGGGCACCGUGACGAACGCCAUCACCUUCGGCGGGCUGCUGGGCGACGCCACGGAAAACAUGCAGGGCGUGUUGGAGAGUUUCCUGGGCACGGCGAUCACUGGCGGCGUCUUCUGUCUGCUGGCCGGCCAGCCGCUCACCAUCCUCAGCAGCACCGGUCCGGUUCUGGUGUUCGAACGGCUGCUCUUCAACUUCAGCAGGGACAACGCCUUCGACUACCUGGAGUUCCGUCUGUGGAUCGGCCUGUGGUCGGCGUUCUUCUGCCUGGUGCUGGUGGCGACCGACGCCAGCUUCCUGGUGCAGUACUUCACGCGCUUCACCGAGGAGGGCUUCUCCUGCCUCAUCAGCUUCAUCUUCAUCUACGACGCCAUCAAGAAGAUGCUGAAGCUCGCGCACCACUACCCCAUCAACGACGAGUUCAGGACGGAGCACGUCACGCAGUACGACUGCCUCUGCAUGGCGCCCGCCGUCCUCGAGAACAGCACAGACCUCACCGGGGAUCCUCUAGACGGGACGUCGGUCUGGAUCUGGAACAACACUGAUCUGCCGAUGAACGCCACGUGGUCGUCCCUCACCAAGACGGAGUGCCUGAAGUACAACGGCGAGCUGGUGGGGAAGGCCUGCGACUUCGUGCCCGACAUCGCCCUCAUGUCCUUCAUCCUGUUCUUCGGCACCUACACCUGCUCCAUGGGCCUGAAGAAGUUCAAGAGCAGCCCGUUCUUCCCCACCACCGUGAGGAAACUCAUCAGUGACUUUGCCAUCAUCCUGGCCAUCCUCAUCUUCUGCGGAGUCGACAUGCUCGUAGGAGUCGAUACUCCCAAACUUAUUGUGCCAACUGAGUUCAAGCCAACGAGUUCGAAGAGGGGCUGGUUCGUGCCCCCGUUCGGAGGGAACCCCUACUGGGUCUACAUGGCGGCGGCUCUUCCGGCGCUGCUCGUCACCAUCCUGAUCUUCAUGGACCAGCAGAUCACCGCCGUGAUCGUCAACAGGAAGGAGCACAUGCUCAAGAAAGGGGCGGGGUACCAUCUGGAUCUGUUCUGGGUGGCGGUCCUGCUGAUCGUCUGCUCCUUCAUGGGUCUGCCGUGGUACGUGGCGGCCACCGUCAUCUCCAUCGCCCACAUCGACAGUCUGAAGAUGGAGACGGAGACGUCGGCCCCCGGGGAGCAGCCAAAGUUCCUGGGUGUGAGAGAGCAGCGGGUCACCGGUGUGUUCGUGUUCAUCCUGACAGGACUGUCGGUGUUCAUGUCUCCCAUUCUAAAGUUCAUCCCCAUGCCCGUGCUGUACGGAGUCUUCCUGUACAUGGGGGUCGCCUCGCUAAAUGGAGUGCAGUUCAUGGAUCGCCUCAAGCUGCUCCUGAUGCCAGCGAAGCACCAGCCGGACCUGGUGUACCUGCGCCACGUCCCCCUCAGGAAGGUUCACCUCUUCACCUUCAUCCAGGUGCUCUGCCUGGCGCUGCUCUGGAUCCUCAAGUCCACGGUGGCCGCCAUCGUGUUCCCCGUCAUGAUCCUCGCCCUGGUCGCCGUCCGCAAGGCGAUGGACUACAUGUUCUCGCAGCACGAGCUCGGCUUCCUGGACGACGUCAUCCCGGAGAAGGACAAGAAGAAGAAGGAGGACGAGAAGAAGAAGAAGAAGAAGCGCGGCAGCAUCGACAGCGACGGCGAAGACUCUGACUAUCCGUACAGUGACAAUGUUCCCAGCAUUAAAAUCCCCAUGGACAUGAUGGAGCAGGAGCCCUUCUUAGGUGAUAAGGCCUCUGACAGAGAGAAGUCUCCAUCAUUCCUCGAACGACACACAUCGUGCUGAGCAGCUUCGCUAUUACCAGGCCAACUGCCAGUACAGCCCCGAGAUGAGUCCGCUGAAGUCCGUGCCUCAGAUCAGAAUCAACAUGGACACAGACGACGACGAUGAUAAUUCUUUCUACUGGAAGAGCAGAGGAUCUGAAACGUCCCUGUAGAAGAGAGCAGACGGAACCGAUCCUCCGGGACCAAGACAUCCCCCCCUCUCUCCCUCUCCCUCUCCCCCCCUCUCUCCCUCUCUCUCUCUCUCUCUCUCCCUCCCU